GUAACUGGGUCCCAGCGCCGCUGUGGCUGCGGCAGACUUAACGGCGGCUCCCAUUUCCCUGCCCCUCCUUUUCCCAAGGUUUCUUCCCGCUCGCAGCGGCGGAGACCCAGGCUGAGCUUGGAGGAUGGCUGAGUCCGGCCCAGGCGAUUCCCUUGCUCCAGUGGCUGGAGACUCAUCUAGGAGGACAAGCUAAAAGGCUAGCCCCGCAGCCCGAGGGCGCGGCAUACACGCGCUCCCCCAGGCCAGCGCCUUCCUCUAUUCCCUCCCUUCCCCUCCCCUCCCUCUCCUCCACCCCCAGCCUCUGUUGCGGAGGGAGGAAGAACCCUUUCGGACCAGCCUAGAUAGGUUCCCAUUCCGAGAGAAAGAACAGACUCUGUACUGGGAUCCGACUGGGCGCUCGCCUCGAGGCCACGGAAGUGACUCGCCGUCCACCGCAGAGCCAGCACCGAGUGCAGCUGGUCAACCGCAGCCGCAUAGACAGCGCUCUCCAGCCGGCCCCUGGCUCGGCCGAGCCUACUCCCCGCCUGGGGCCAGGGCCGGCGAUGCCUGGCACAGCAGCUUUGGUGGCCGCGGCUGCUGCUGCUACUGCCACGGCUGUUGGUCCCGGCCCGGGCCUGGGGCACGAGUCUCCUCAGUCGGGCUGAGUCCGCAGCCCCGCCCCCCCUAAGCCUGAGGCCGCUGCUCCACCGGGCGCCGGGCCUCCUCCGUCUGCGCCUCCGCCCCAGGAGCUGGAGCCAAGCAGGGAGCCCGGGCCCCGCACCCAGGCCCACACCAUGCAUGGCCACAGAAUCCCGGGGAACGCCGGGCCUUCUGAUCCUGAACACCCGACCACGAACCCCUCUGGUGCCGCUCCACCGGCCUGUGCCGACUCAGACCCUGCAGUCUCCGAGCCGGGACUGCCGGUGCGCAGGGGCUCAGGCUCUGCUCUCAGCGGCCCCCCGGAGCUCCAGUUUGCCGGACACUCGGACACCAGCCUGGGUGCUGCUGCAGGCCCCCGGGUCUUGCCCUGCGGCCCCAGUCCACAGCACCACCGGGCCUUGCGCUUUUCCUACCACCUGGAGGGCUCACAGCCUCGGCUUGGGCUGCAACAGGGAAAUCGGAUCCUGAUUAAAAGUUUGUCCCUUGACCCUGGCCAGAGCCUUGAGCCUCAUCCAGAAGGCCCCCAGUGGCUUCGCUCAGACCCAGGUUCCCCCACUGAAACCCCCAGCCAGCGUCCUUCACCACUGAAGCGGGCACCAGGCCCAAAGCCACAGGUCCCACCAAAGCCCAGCUAUCUGCAGAUGCCCCGGAUGCCCCCCCCACCUGAGCCUAUCCCUCCUCCACCAUCACGCCCACUGCCUGCUGACCCCCGCGUGGCUAAGGGUCUGGCUCCCAGGGUAGAGGCCAGCCCUAGUACUGCAGCAGUAUCCUCACUGAUUGAGAAGUUUGAAAGAGAGCCUGUGAUUGUCGCCUCGGAUAGGCCAGCCCCUGGCCCCUGUCCAGGUCCCCCAGAGCCAGCCAUGUUGCUACAGCCACCAGUAUCCCAGCUCCCAGAGGGUGAGGCCUCCCGCUGCCUGUUCCUGCUGGCUCCUGGGCCUCGGGAUGGUGAGAAGGUCCCCAACCGGGACAGCGGUAUUGACAGCAUCAGCUCGCCAUCCAACAGUGAAGAGACCUGUUUCGUCAGUGAUGAUGGUCCCCCCAGCCACAGCCUCUGUCUUGGGCCUCCUGCCCUGGCCAGUGUACCUGUGGCUUUGGCCGACUCCCACCGGCCCGUCUCCCAGGAAGUUGACAGUGACCUGGAGGAGGAAGACGAUGAGGAGGAGGAUGAGAAGGACAGAGAAAUCCCAGUUCCCCCGAUGGAGAGACAGGAGUCUAUGGAGUUGACCGUGCAACAGAAGGUAUUCCACAUUGCCAAUGAGCUCCUACAAACUGAGAAGGCCUAUGUUUCCAGACUGCAUCUCCUAGAUCAGGUAUUCUGUGCUCGGCUGCUGGAAGAAGCUCGGAACCGCAGUUCCUUCCCAGCUGAUGUUGUCCAUGGCAUCUUCUCUAACAUCUGUUCCAUCUAUUGCUUCCACCAGCAGUUCCUACUGCCAGAACUAGAGAAGCGUAUGGAGGAAUGGGACCGCUACCCUCGCAUUGGGGACAUUCUGCAGAAGCUGGCACCCUUCCUCAAGAUGUAUGGCGAGUAUGUGAAGAACUUUGACCGGGCUGUUGAGCUGGUCAACACCUGGACAGAGCGCUCUACCCAGUUUAAAGUCAUCAUCCAUGAGGUGCAAAAAGAGGAAGCCUGUGGCAACCUGACAUUGCAGCACCACAUGCUGGAGCCUGUGCAGCGCAUCCCCCGCUAUGAGCUACUUCUCAAGGACUAUCUGUUAAAGCUGCCUCAUGGCUCCCCGGACAGCAAGGAUGCCCAAAAGUCUCUGGAGCUGAUAGCCACAGCAGCAGAGCACUCUAAUGCUGCCAUCCGCAAAAUGGAGCGAAUGCACAAACUUUUGAAGGUAUAUGAGCUGCUAGGAGGUGAGGAGGACAUUGUUAGCCCCACCAAAGAGCUCAUAAAAGAAGGCCACAUCCUUAAGCUAUCAGCGAAGAACGGGACCACUCAAGACCGAUACCUCAUACUAUUCAAUGACCGCCUCCUUUACUGUGUGCCCAGACUGCGGCUCCUUGGCCAGAAGUUUAGUGUGCGGGCACGCAUUGAUGUAGAUGGCAUGGAGCUAAAGGAGAGUUCCAACCUCAAUCUGCCUCGGACCUUCCUGGUGUCAGGAAAACAACGCUCGCUGGAGCUCCAGGCCAGGACUGAGGAGGAGAAGAAAGACUGGGUCCAGGCCAUCAACUCUACCCUCCUGAAACAUGAACAGACGCUGGAGACCUUCAAACUGUUGAACUCAACAAACAGAGAAGAUGAAGAAACCCCUCCUAACUCUCCAAACGUGGAUCUUGGGAAGCGGGCACCUACACCCAUCCGGGAAAAGGAAGUCACCAUGUGCAUGCGCUGCCAGGAGCCCUUCAAUUCCAUCACCAAACGCAGACACCACUGCAAGGCCUGUGGGCAUGUGGUUUGUGGGAAGUGCUCCGAGUUCCGGGCCCGCCUCGUCUAUGACAACAAUCGAUCCAACCGUGUAUGUACUGACUGCUACGUGGCCUUGCAUGGGGUACCCGGAAGCAGUCCAGCCUGCAGCCAGCAUACACCCCAACGCCGGAGAUCCAUCCUGGAGAAACAGGCCUCUGUGGCUGCAGAGAACAGCAUCAUCUGCAGCUUCCUACACUACAUGGAGAAGGGCGGGAAAGGAUGGCACAAGGCAUGGUUUGUGGUCCCCGAGAAUGAACCUUUGGUGCUGUACAUCUAUGGUGCCCCUCAGGAUGUGAAAGCCCAGCGCAGCCUGCCCCUCAUUGGCUUCGAGGUGGGCCCUCCAGAGGCAGGGGAGAGACCCGACAGAAGGCACGUCUUUAAGAUCACCCAGAGCCACCUCAUCUGGUACUUCAGCCCUGAGACAGAAGAGCUUCAGCGGCGCUGGAUGGCUGUGCUUGGCCGGGCAGGCCGUGGGGACACGUUCUGCCCAGGGCCCACACUGUCUGAGGACAAGGAGAUGGAAGAAGCCACAGUGGCAGCUUCAGGUGUCACUGCUGAGCAGCCUGAGAACCCCCAGACCUGAGAUAAGACCUAGAGGGCUGGCUGGGGGCAAGGGGACUGGGAGCCCCAAUUCCACAUUCUUGCUGCCCAUUGUCUAGAAGGGGGUUCCAGACCCCUCCCUCCCAACUCAAACAAUACUUGAACUCCCAUCACAGGCACUUUUAAUCCUGAAUGCUGGGUCUUAGGUUUUUUAAUUCAUCUUUUCACAAAAUGUGGGCUUUUAAAAAGUACUCAUACAGUGGUGUUAACUUUUUAAAAAUCCUGUCCCUAGGGAAAGUGGGAGCCACUGCUAGAGUCACCUGAAUUAGGCUUUUUUAUCCCAUCCCCAACACUCCACAGAUCCUGCCUCUACCCAAUUCUCCCCAAAAGCAAAAGAGGCAGAAGACCUGGAUUCAAGUGCCAGCUAAGCCACUGAUCCUGUGGCCCCGACUUAUCCCUGUCUCCUCAGCCAGUGUCUUCCCAUGUAUGACCCCACACAGGGUGGUAACUAGAGCCUGUCUAUAGCUUCUACUCAGCCCCAAGGCUACCCAGUAUUUUAUUGUCCAGACCCAUGGCAGGGCCACUGGGCAGGACAGGGGAAUGGGGGACAAUGGAUACUCUUUGUUUUGUUUUUUAAAAAAAUACAGUUUAUUUCAGGCUUACAGUAA